GUCCCGUGCGCGCCGCCUUCCAGAUCCUGCGCGGCGCUGGUUGAGCCCCUCGCCGCCCACCCUCGAAGCGUCGCGCCGUCAAAAAGACGCGUGCGUGGUGAAGCAGUCCUGCCUAAUCUUUCCCGCGAUUAUCCUCCACAAAAUACGACGCCAAGGUUGCUGCUUGCCCAAACACCAGCAACCACUGAGAGCUACCGCGACCAAGCAUGACUGAGCUCAUCACCGGGGCGAUGGGCACACUCCUGCCCAAGCUUGGCGAACUGCUGACGAAGGAGUACAAGCUGCAAAAGGGAGUCAGGGGUGAGAUCAUGUUCCUGAAAGCCGAAAUGGAGAGCAUGCAGGCCGCACUCCUCAAGGUCUCCGACGCUCCCAUCGACCAGCCACCGGAUAACCAAGUCAAGAUCUGGGCAAAGGCCGUCAGAGAUUUGUCUUAUGAUCUUGAGGACAGCAUCGACAGAUAUAUGGUGCGUGUUGACACCCAUGAGCCUCAUAGUUUCAUGGGCUAUGUCCAUCGAAGCCUCAACUUGCUAACAAAGGGCAAGAUUCGACACAAGAUCGGCGUCGAUAUCAAAGGCAUCAAGAGCCGCAUCAAGGAGAUCAGUGAGCAGCGUGAUAGGUACAAAAUUGAUAAUAUAGGUUCCAAGCCUAUUGGUCCAACCGUUGACAGCCUUCGCCUAUCAGCUCUGUACGACAAUGCUGCAGAUCUUAUUGGUAUCGAAGAGAAGAGCGAAGUGCUACUGCAGAUGCUGAAGGACGGGGGCGAGUUAUCGGAGAAGCAACUUAAGAUGGUCUCUAUUGCUGGUUUCGGAGGAUUAGGCAAGACAACUCUUGCCAAUGUGGUGUAUCAGAAGCUUAAGCCUCAGUUUGAUUGUUGCGCUUUUGUUUCCGUCUCUCUUACUCCUAACAUGAAGAAGAUAUUUGAAAACUUGCUCAAUCAACUUGAUAAGAAGAACAUGAACAUUGGGAAGGACAACUGGGACCAGGAACAACUCAUCAGGGAACUACGUGAAUUCCUUCAGAACAAGAGGUACCUCAUUGUUAUUGAUGACAUGUGGGACAAAACUGCGUGGAAAAUCGUUAAGCGUGCUCUGAUUGAGAAUGAAUAUGGAAGUAGGGUACUUGCAACAACUCGCAAUCUUGAUAUUGCCAAAGAAGUUGGUCAUGUUUAUCAGCUAGAAUCUCUUUCCAUUGUUGACUCAAGAAAGUUAUUCUACCAAAGAAUAUUUGGCGGCGAGGAAAAAGGCAUCCCUUUACAAUUGGACCAAAUAGCCACGAGCAUUUUAAAGAAAUGUGGUGGAAUACCAUUAGCUAUCGUUACAAUUGCCAGCUUACUGGCAAGUAAAGAGGGGAACACAAAUGCAUAUGAGUAUUGGUCAAUGGUGUACCAGUCUAUGGGUUCAGGGCUACAAAAUAGUCUUGAUGAUUUGAGGAAUAUGAUGAGGAUAUUAUCAGUCAGUUACUAUGAUCUACCACCACAUCUUAAGACUUGUUUAUUGUAUCUAAGUCUGUAUCCAGAGGAUUAUAAGAUUGAAACCACCAUACUGAUAUGGAAAUGGGUGGGUGAAGGUUUUGUGAAAAAGGAACAUGGGAAGAAUCCCUACAAAGUAGGAGAACAUUACUUGGUUGAGCUCAUCAAUAGAAGUUUGCUCCAACCGGCAUACAUUGACAGUAAUAAAAUAGUGACAUCUUGUCGUGUACAUGAUAUGGUGCGUGACCUCAUCACUUCCUUUUCAAAUGACGAAAACUUCCUAACAAGAUUAGGUGAUCAGCAGCUCGUUUCUGUACCAAGUAAAUUCCGUCGACUAUCCCUCCAAACAAGCAAUGGAGAGGUCAUUCAGCUGCCAACUGAGAGCCUGUCCCAUGUGAGGUCACUUACUGUGGCAAAUUCAGCUUUCAGCUUGUUGCCAACACUUUCGGGUUUUCUUGUCCUGCGUGCAUUGGAUUUUAGUGGUUGCCGUGAGGUGGAUGAUGAUCAUUUAAAGGAUAUUUGCAAUUUGUUCCAUCUGAGGUAUUUGCGCCUACAUCAGACAUCUGUCAAGAAGAUCCCAAGGGAGAUUGGGAAUCUACGAUUUUUGGAGGUGCUGGAUAUGAGUGACACAGAGCUGAAAGAAGAGCUGCCAUCAACCUUUGUGCGACUAACACAACUGGUGUUACUUGACAUGCCCAAAGGUAUCAUCUGUGCAGUACCAAGAUUGAUUCCCUCACUAUCCUCCCUUUCCUUCCUACGCAUCGCAGUGGAAACCUUGGGAGAGGAGGACCUUCAAGUUCUUGGGAGCAUGCCGUCGCUCAGUGACCUCGACAUAUGGGUGAAUGACCCCAGAAAAGGCAGAGAUGGAAGAUUGAUCAUUGACAAUGGUUAUCGAUUUCGGUGUCUAACAAAGCUCAGUAUUGGGGGUAGAACUGACGAUAUGGAAUUGGUGUUUACACAAGGAGCCAUGCAACAGCUCCGAACCCUCAAGUUAUGUUUCAGAGUGCGUGACAUCAUGCGUCAAUACGGUGGCCUGGGCCUGGAGAACCUCUCUUCGCUUGAACAUGUCUGUGUACAAACCAUAAGCCAGGACAUGGCGGAGGAUAAUGCUGUGUCCAGUGCAAUUCUCAAAUCGCUCAACAUGAACCCCAAUAAGCCCACACUCGAGGUGAAGAAUAUUCUCAGUGAAUUAAUAUUACAAUUGAAGGAUAUUAUCAAGGAUCUUAGCAAGUUAUCACCUCAGAUGCAAAAUGAACUAUCACUCCCUGCGUGGCUGCGUCAUGAACAUUCUGGUUUCUGAACAGGAUCAGAGAAGCAGCCUGGUUUCUGGAGGGAGCGAUCGAUCAAUCCAUGCUUGCAUUUUCCUUGCUUGUUGGUGCUGUGCCUCGUUGGGCCUAGGAAAGAGCCCGGGUGGUGCUUUGCACGUUGCAUCAUUUAUCGGGGGUUCGAUCUGCUCUUUCCUACUAGCGUUAUUUUGCUGCGGGCUAGCGUGUGCAGAGGUUUUCGGCCAGAGGUGCUGGCGUCAGUUGGCCUCGGCCCAACGCUCUAGCUCCAUCCCGGAGAUGCCCAAAUAUCUUGUGAACUGAAUGUAUAAGUUAGGAGCACGGUUCACUUGAGCACUGUUUUACAUAUCUAAGUGGAUAAUAAAGCAUUGUACAUUGAUUGCCAAACUGAAUUCAGAGUGGCAAUUAGAUGUAAAGAAGCACAUGGCUCACGUUAGAGUUAAUUUGCAUCGCACACUGCAGAUUAAUCUACAACGUCAAUCCCUUGAGCACUGUAAAUGCGAAGUGGAGAGUAAGCAUCAUAAUUUGUGAACAGAGUGCCA